AAUGAACUGAAGCUGAGUAAUAGUAACUCUAGAGACCCGUGGAUUCGAUAUUUAUUACUUGUGCCACUAUACUGCAGUCCCUUUCAUUGGUUACACUUGGCCAUUGUUAGGUGUUGUGUUUUAGCGUGUCAAGUCUUUGGCGCCGUUGCCGGGGACUUUCUAGAUUAUUAGGAAAGGCAGAAGUUUGUUACUUUAGCAUUUUUCUUUUCUUUUCCACCCUUGAUUUUCACUUGGGUGUUUUUUAUUUUUGUUGGUGCAGAUAUGAAUCAUGGAUCCUCAUGGCUUCUCCAACCAUUGGGGGUAUCCACCACCAUCCGAGUGGUAUUACCCCGAGACUCCCUAGAGCAAUCAAGGAGGAGAAGACUCUGGAUUCGGGUUCCAGUACCAACCCCCUUACUACGGAGAACAAUCAGACCCCUGGGCAUAUCAAGAACAACCUCAUUACCAAGAAGACUUUCUCCCACAACCAAAAGGGCCAUCAGAGCUGGAGUUAGCCAUAGAGGCCUUCACGGGCCACUCUACAGAGCCAUGCUACACUUCACUGGAAGAUCCGAACAAACAAUUAAGGCUUCUCGUGGAGCAAUUUGCUCGAGACACUGAGAGAUCAUGCUCCAAGAUGGAUCUUCAAAUCAAAGCCCUUGCCCCUUCCGAUCCCUCAUUUCUCCAUGAAAUGGAGGAGACUGUUCAGCGCUCCGCGAAGCAAACAGAGUGGGUGGAGCAAGUUUGCUCACAUCUUGCUCAAGAUCACCUUUCUGCUACCACGCUAGAAGAGGUGGAGGAUGACAAAGGCUACGGGGAUGUUGAGGAGCAUACAGAAGUUAUCACAGAGAACUCCCAUGAUAACCAUGAUCAGGAAAGUCCUCUGGUUGCAGAUCACACAUUUCCUUAUUUCUGCUCUAACAUGUUGGGCCCGAGCAAGGAGAUGCAAGAUGAUCUCAUUGAAGAAAUUACAUGGCAACUUGCUCUCCAAUCUGUGCUAGAAGAAGAAGAGCAAGAAAGGGUGCAGAAAGAAGUUGUGGAGGAUGACAAAAGUGAAGCAGGAGGAGUUCUUGAUCAUUUCCCAGGGGUGAUACCACAUGAAGAAGAAAGGGGGGUUGAAGAAGCAAUUGGCGUCCAGGCUGAGGACGGAGUUAAGGUGGAAGAGGCCUGCACAGGCCAUGAGUUACAUGUGAUAUCUCCACCAAACUUCGAGGAGCUGCUUGGCAAGGACCCAUUUGCAGUGUCUCUUUGCCAGACCAAGGCCACGUCGACAUCAGUCCCCCUUGGUGGAAGCGAUGGUGGCCAAUCGAUGCUGUCAUAUCUGGUUUGGGGCAAUGGGACGAGAGAAGAGAAGAAGAGGUCUCGAGGAUGGAGACUUCAUCUGCAUCAAGUGCACAAGCUUCCAUCACCAGUCAUACCACAUGCUCGUGACUUGCGACUCCACCUCAUUGACGAGAACUUCAACUUCAAGGAGGUUCUAGCAUGGACCGAAACUUAGAAGCCAUCGUCCGGGGCACGACGUGAAAGAAGCGCUUGUUGGGAGGCAACCCAACCAGUCGGUUUGCAUUUCUUUCUCUAUUUCUCCUCGGUUGAGUCAGUUUUGUUAUUUGAUUUUAGAGUCAAUAACUCAACCUUUGUGAGAUUUUGUGUGGUGUUUGUGUUCUGAUUUCUCUCUCUUUCUGGAAUGCACCGCCUGACUCGUCCAUCAUCAUUCACCCUUGAUCUGGCAACUUCGUUCUACCCUCCUUAUCUUUCCUCCAUUGAGGACAAUGUCGUGCUUAAGUGUGGGGGGGGGGGGGGGUUUAUUAUGUAUGCGGGUGAAUGUUUGGCUGUUUGUGUGCUUGGAGCCUAGUCCACUGUCCAAAUUUGAGAUUUGAGGGCUCCAAGUACUGUUGUUUGCUUGAUCAUAUUGGCACUGUGGUUUUAAUUGGUGAAUUGAAUGGCUUUCGACUUAAUGCAUGACAACUGAGGUGUGACUAGGACAACCUAUAAUGAUGACUGAGACGUGUAGUAGAAUUGUGUAGGGGUUUGGUUUUUCAGCUGUUUGCUUACCAACUGUGACUUGGAUUGAUCACUUGUUUUUGACAGUCUCUUAUACAUCUAGUUCAGGGAAUCAGAAUGAGAGAUAGAGCAUAUAGGUAGCCAUGUGAGAUUUGAGCCUGCUCAUUUCUUUCUUGUGCGAUAGUUCCCUCUUCCAUGAUGUGUAGCAUUCACGUUGUCAUUAGCUAAGAUGAUGGAGGCAUAGGAUUAGCCACGACCAAAUUGACUGUCCUGAUGUGUCAUAUCCUCUAGUCAGCCCCUUUGAGCAGUGUGUUAUCCUUUCUUUCAGUCUACAAUGAAAAAUCACCCUUUUGCAUCUUUUAGAAGGUUCCACAGAGUGGUUUUUACAUGUUCUCUGCUGUUUCUACUUAAUAUAAUGUGAGGGUUGGAGGUAGUGCUUAAAAGUUGGGCAUAUGUUUGAAAUAUGUGCAGAGGUGGUGGUUCUCUUAAGGAAUGAAAAAGAGAAUGAGAAAAAAAAAAUGAAAGCAAAAGAGAGCCACCACCAAAAAUCUGAAUAGUGCCCAUUAAGUAGUGUUUCUUAGCAGUCUGGCUUGGAAAUACUAGCAUUUAUGUGACCUCCUUCGCUCUUGUGCUCUGAAGAAUUUGAGUAAUGCAGAAUAGCAGAAAGACAGUACUGGUUUGAUUGACUGUGAGUUUGUUGGGUUUGGAACUGUGGAAUCUUGUGCUAUGAAUACUUCCACCACCUAAAAGGCCUUUUCCCCAUGUCCAAGACCCUAGCCAGUCAUUUGAACCUGUGUCUAAGACCUCCGGAUUGGUUAGUGAUGACAACCAUUUAUGUGAACUCUAACAUUUAGAGAAUAAGUAUGCACAUUUUUC